CUUGCUUUUCUGCCGUUCGCCCUCGCCUUCGCCGUCUUGGGUCCCAGCUGCCGACUCUCCUCCCGAGCAGGCCCAUAUUCUGCGAGGUCUUUCUCUUGGCCUGCCGAGCACUGCACUGCACACACACGCACGCACAGUAUAGGGCACCGAGCGGCUUUAACCUGCCAGCCAUGCGUCGAUCGCUCGUCCAAAGGACACCCCUCAAGCCCGUGCCCGCCCCGACCAUCCCGUCGAUCAUGAACUCGCCAGUCUCGCCCACAAAAACAAAGAGAAAGAGGAAAGCGAGCACCCUCUCCAGCGGCUCCGACAGCGAUGCAGACGACGAUGAGGCGGACGAGGACAUGGACGACGCAGGGUCCGAUUACGGUCGUGGUGACGACGACGAUGACGAUGGACCGGUCGUGAAGAAACCCAAGCCCAAACCCAGCGUGGCAUCGACGCCGAUUCGAUCUGGCCGACCGACUCUCCCUGGGGGUAAAAUCACUCUUGCCGGAGGCCGGGGCCCGCUGACGCCCCUCCGAAGCGCAAACUCCCCGCAUCCCAGCCCCGGCGCAGAUAACGGCCAGUUGCGGGCCCCGCUCGCUAAACCCUUCAAGGCUCCAACCUUUGUCACCGAUGCAAAUCGCCCAAGUGGAUGCAUGAAGGCCGGGACUUGUCUGGGCGCGCGCCGGAAAACCAACGUUCUGAAGGGCCCAUUGCACGAUCCCGAGGCGGACGAUGCGAUUGUGCUGUACCAUCCCAAGGUUUACUCGGCCGUCGAGAUCCUGGAGUCGCUCAAGUCAUCCGCAGAUCCCAAGAAGCAAAUCAAGCAGGAGGUCCACGUGGUGAUCGAUCCCAAGAUCGCUCGGGUCCUUCGCCCACAUCAGAUCGAGGGUGUGCGCUUCCUGUACGAGUGCACCACAGGCAUGAAGGUCGCGGGGGCGUUUGGAUGCAUCAUGGCCGAUGAAAUGGGUCUCGGCAAGACUUUGCAGUGUAUCACACUGCUUUGGACGCUGCUGCGACAGUCUCCCGAGCCCGGCCGCCCGACGAUCGAUAAGGCCAUCAUUGUCUGUCCAUCCAGUUUAGUCCGAAACUGGGCCAACGAACUCAAGAAGUGGCUCGGCGCCGAUUCCAUUCGUCCUUUUGCGUGCGACAACAAAACAACCAAGGAGCAAACCAUCAAGGAUCUGGAGCAGUUUACCAGUGCCAAGGGCCGCGCGGUUACCCAGCCAGUCCUGAUCAUAUCAUACGAAAGCUUGCGAGCCUAUUCGGAAAUCCUGUGCAAAACCGAGAUUGGCCUCCUGCUUUGCGAUGAAGGACAUCGGCUCAAGAAUGCCGACUCCCAGACAUACCAGGGUCUCAAUGCCCUGAAUGCCAAGCGUCGAGUAAUUCUUUCGGGCACGCCCAUUCAGAACGACCUGACUGAGUACUUUGCUCUCCUCAGCUUUGCCAUCCCGAACGUCCUCGGCACCGAGUCCGAAUUCCGCAAGAACUUUGAGCUCCCUAUUCUGCGUGGCCGUGACGCCGACGCCUCGGACAAGGAUCGCGAGACCAGUGAAGCCAAGCUCAGCGAGCUGCUCGGGAUCGCCAACAAAUUCAUCAUCCGCCGGACGGCUGAGCUGCUGACCAAAUACUUGCCGGUCAAAUACGAGCACGUUGUCUUCUGCAAGCUCACCGACACACAGCUGGGGCUUUAUCGACACUUUUUGGAGUCUCCUGAGAUCAGAAAGCUCCUGACCGGCAAGGGCUCCCAGCCACUCAAGGCCAUCACGAUGCUCAAGAAGCUUUGCAACCACCCGGCGCUGCUCGGUACCGAGGACUUCAACAAGUCUUUGUUCCCGCCCAAAUUUGACUUCAACUCGUGCCAGUCCGAGUUCUCGGGCAAGAUGUUCCUGCUCGAGAAAAUGCUCCAUAAGAUCAAGACGACCACCAGCGACAAGAUUGUAUUGAUCAGCAACUACACUCAAACGCUCGACCUGUUCGAUAAGAUGUGUCGGGCCCGGCACUGGGGCUGUCUGCGACUCGACGGCACCAUGACCAUCCAGAAGCGACAGAAGCUCGUCGACCAGUUCAAUGACCCAACGAGCCCGCAGUUUGUCUUUCUGCUCAGCAGCAAGGCUGGUGGAUGCGGUUUGAACUUGAUCGGCGCAAACCGGCUGGUUCUGUUUGAUCCUGACUGGAACCCUGCCAACGACGGACAAGCGCUGGCCCGUGUCUGGCGUGAUGGUCAGAAGAAAAUGUGCUUUAUCUAUCGCUUCAUUGCGACGGGCUCUAUCGAAGAAAAGAUCUUCCAACGCCAGGCACACAAGCAGUCGCUGAGUAGCUGUGUCGUCGACGAAGCUGCUGAUGUCGAGCGCCACUUUUCUCAAGAGGCGCUGCGACAGCUGUUCCAGCUGAACGAAACCACGCUGUCGGACACACACGACACUUUCAAGUGCAAGCGAUGCAUCAAGAACCGACAGGUCGUCAAACCUCCCGAAGGCACCAUCAACACCGGUGCCACUGCGGCUGACACGAGCACCUGGAGCCAUCUCAGCCAGUUUGAUCUUCCAAAGGCCGCCGACACACUGCUCAAAGAGUGUGCCCACGAUCUGGUCACAUAUAUUUUCCAAAACAAGUCGCACGACCAGCAGAUUGUCAAGACGAAGUAGUGGUUGCUCUGGCAUUCAUGCCCAAUGGCGCUGCUCUCCUGCUCGCCACAGCCAGUGCACGACAGAAACGGGAUAUGGCUCCCAACAGAAACCAAGGACUACCACUCCCGAUGUGUGUGGGCUGCACGAUCGCGACCAAGCGACUGUUUCUUGCCGUUGUUGGCAUUCAAAGUUUUGUUACUUUAUGGAGUGUUGUCUGGGUAUUGCUGGCGUGCCCCUCUGCGGCGAUCGAUCAGCACCCCGAGGCCAUGUUGCGCGUAGCAUUGAAAUGGCACAGAUAGAUGGUGAUUUUGGACACUCGGACAAUGCAUCCCGGUCAUAGCGUCGCAUCUGCCUCGCCGGCGGGCCGGUGCCUCCUCGAGGCCAGCCCAGCGCCCUGCAUCCCCUGGGUUCUGUCUCAUGGC